AUGGGUUUGGAUGAACAGUGGUACGCUGCCGAGAGGAGCUUCCCUCUUCGUGAAAACUCUUACGAAUUUGUUUCUGACGAUAAAUAUGUCUCAUUCAUGAAGAAUAUCAAUAUGUUCUGGCAUCCCGUUGAUUACACACGUGAUAUUGACUACUACAACGAACACUCUGUAUUGUCAUACUUCACUGAGGAUUUGGGUUGGAACUCAUAUUGGUACUACUUGAACAUGGAUUAUGCUUUCUUCUUGGAUGGUAAAACUUUCGGUUUAAAUAAGGAUCGUCGUGGUGAGUUUUGGUUAUACAAUGUUGACCAAAUCUUGAACCGUUACUAUUUGGAACGUUUGUCUCAUGGUUUCGGUGAAAUUGACGAUUUCUCCUGGGAUCACGCUUACGAAUAUGGUUAUGAUUCCGAAUUGAUUUCCUAUAACGGUGUUGGAUUCAGCACUCGCAGCAACUACUUCGAACGUAGAUCUUAUGGCAAAUACGACAUGUUGAACCAAAUCCAAAGCGCCUUCAAGCGUAUCUAUGAUAUCAUAGACUAUG